CAUGUUUUACUCCCUCAGCGUGCCCACGUGUACCUGAUUGGAAAGAGAAAAUCACGCUCAGCUCUGAGACGGUUUAAGAGUCAGUUGUACUACAUGUGGUUCCGCCUUUAUCAUAGAGACAGAAACGGCGGCGAGGACUCCAGUGGAUUUGAGCAUGUGUUUGUUGGGGAAACCAAGUUUGGCAGAGAAAUCUUGGGUCUUCACAACUGGGUCCAGUUUUACCUGCAAGAGAAGCAGGAGAUUCUUGAUUACAAGGGCUACAAAGCCAGGGACAAUGAUGUGCCUAAUGAAGAUGACCACGUCUUGAAUGUGCAAUUCAGCUGGCAUGGUUUGGUCAAGCCAGUGGCCAGCGCCUUUGUUGGUGUGAGUCCCGAGUUUGAAAUGGCCAUUUUUACAAUUUUGUUCCUCACAUCCACUGAGAAGACCACCACAGCUGUGGUCAAUCUGGAUGAGUACCAGCUGGAGAUGGUGGUGCAUAGACACGGCCGCUCUAUCGGGACCGCUUAUCCCAAACUGCUGAGCAGCAACAACAGACACGUAUAGAUCCCACAACUCUACUACUAAUAUUCUGACAUUUUUUUUAAAGGCAUAUUGUAAUUUUAGAUAAGUAGACAUUUGUUUUGUAUUGGAGAAGUCUUACUUUUAGAUGCUUGUUUACUUUGCUAAUAUGUUGAACAAACUACAGUAUGCUCAUGUACAGAGUUUCACUGAAGUUUAAAUCUGAGCAAAUAUUUCAUUUCCUCAGAACUGCCUUU